CGGCUUCGCACAUGCGCCGUGUCGCGACGAUAAUGGCAGACGAGAAACGGCGGGAAACGAAAAUUUAUAAACACCGCAUUAGUUAGUUCUUCAAUUACUUGUAAUGUUGAUUUUGUACCAGAUAAAUAAAAAUAUUGCAAUUAUGAAACGGUUAAAAUGCCUACGAAUUGUUUGUUGUUGAAAUUUAAAGUGAUUAUAAUUGUGAUGAUUUUUGUUCUGAUGGGAUCGAGUGAGUGUUUUAGAAAACACGUGAUAAAUACUAAAUUGAAACAUGGAAAAGUGUUUAAUAGUGAUGUGAACCAUAACAAUUUGUUGUUCAAACAAAACUUCAACAAUACAAGGAGAGAUGAGAGUGGCAGAGGAUUUUUUGGCAGUGGUUUGCUAGCGCUGGGAAAAGUACUGAAUUUUUUCCCCGUGGGCGGAGAACGGGAAUGCCAGCCCAGCAGCUAUUCGGUAGCCAGGGCGGGCAUCUGCCUCAACCAGUACGACUGCCGACAGCGGGAGGGGCGGGCUGCUGGCGACUGCGCCCGCGGUCUCGGCGUGUGCUGUGUAUUCGAGACCUCAUGCGGUGGUUCCGUGCAGAACAACCUGACCUACUUCCUGUCGCCGGGGUUCCCGGAGCUGUGGACCGGCUCACGGGACUGCAACAUCACCAUAGAGAAGACCCACGCUGGGAUCACUCAGCUCAAGAUCGACUUCGUGCACUUCACUAUUGGGCAGCCGAACCGCACGACCGGCGAGUGCGACGAAGAUGUAAUGACUAUCGGCGAAGGAGGCAACAAAUUCGUGUUGUGCGGCCAAAAUCACGGACAACAUAUCUACUACACCUUACCCAGCGGUACCGAGUCCCGCGAAGCUGAUGAGUUGCCCAGCACUAAGAGUACUCUUCUCUCCAUCCGCAUGCGAGGCGGUGACAUGCCGCGCCUGUGGCUCAUGCGGCUGGCACAGAUGCCGCUAGCGAACUCAGCGCCUCAUGACUGCUUGCAAUAUCAUACUGCUGAUAAUGGCACCAUACAGACAUUCAAUUUCGCCGUGAACGGACGACACAUAGCUGGCCAACGGUACAGAGCUUGUGUACGGAAGAACUCGGGCCGUUGUGCCGUGAGGUAUACGCCGUGUGAUGACAGGUCAUUCAGAAUCGGGCCGGGGCGAGGCACUCCGGAUGUCAUCGAUCCUGCUGGCUCUAUGGACCAAGUGCCGAUGAUGCCAGCGGAUGAUCAGCUCCAAGAAGAGGAAGGUUCCGGUGCUGAUCCUCAAGCCGCCCCAGUUAUGGAAAGCUCUGUGGCUCAACCAAGCUUGAUGUCUAGAAUCUGGCGAUUUAUCUGGCCGUCUUGGCUGUGGGGGCAGCGGAGUGAGGGGCGGAGUUGGGGCCGCUGGUCGCCGUACAAGCAGCACUACGUGCGGGAGGAAGACGAGUUGCGGUACUAUGGUUACGGCAACUUCGGGGCUACUCUGCCGGGAUUCGGGCGGAAGAGGUGCAGCGAUCGGAUAACUAUACCGUGCGAGAACGAGUAUUUUAUAUCGAGCUCGUCGCUUCUCCCCGGCGUUUGCGAUCCACACCACUGCGGCUUCACGUUCUGCGCGGGCGUCGCCAACGCCCAGUGUCGGGUGGAGACCUCCAUAUCGCCCUUCGCUGUAUCCGUACACUUCGGACCGCCCACGCCCAAGCGGAGCCCGGAGGAGAACAUAGGCGCCUGUUUGAGAUAUACGCAACUGCCUUGCGACACAUAACAAGAGACUUUGAGAGAAGAGAGAAAGAAAAUGUUUUAUUCAGUGACACAAAUUAUAAAUAAAUAAAUAAAUAUUUCCGACACUCACACCAAUUAGCCUAGUCCCAAAGUAAGCACUAUAAGGCUUGUGUUAUGGGAUGCUAGGGUAACGGAUAGAAUACAUAUACUGUACAUAUAUAAGUAUAUUUAUAUAAAUACAUAUUAAACAUCCAUGACUGGAGUACAAAUGCUCGUAUUCAUCACACAAACAUCUGCC